AUGUAACUGCUCACCCAGCAUCUCCUGAGCUAGCAUGUGCGAGGUGUGGACACAAGUGGCUUCCCGCUGUGUCUGCUGGAUACUGAGGUCCUCAUCAACCCUGUGGAGUUCAACUUGGAUUUUGUGGCACAGAUCUCUAAAGUGGAGUGGGCGGCGCUUGUGCAGGCUGCUGACACCUUAAACCUGGCCGAGGUAUCCAAAGUGCCUACUGAAGGUUAUGAGCAGGACUGCCAGAGGUUUUUGAGGAAGAUGCACCAUGCGUUGCUUGAGGUUCAUGGACUGGAGGGCACCCUGCAAUGCCUAGAAACUGGUCAUCUUUUCUCCAUCAGCCAUGGGGUCCCCAAUAUGCUGCUGGAUGAUAAGGAGACUGAGACGUAA